GCCUCCGUUCCACCAGCUGGCAUGUGCUGUGCCCUCACUGUCUGUCUGAACGCCGGCACCAGAAGUGACCUGAACGCCAGUGAGAAGUGAGCACGCUGCUCCGCUCUGUCUUAUGAGCAUGUUUGCCCUGACUCCAGUCUUGGUGGCCAUUGUCUGCACUUUGAUUGUGUGGCUCUAUAAAAAUGCUGAGAGAGGCAUCAAGAGAAGGAAGGGGGAGCUGAAAGCCAGGACCGAGUCUCAUCCCUGGGUGGAUGAAGACUUGAGGGGCAGCACUGACCUCCACCAGGUGGAAGAAGAUGCUGAUGAGUGGCAAGAGUCAGAGGAAAAUAUUGAACACAUUCCAUUCUCCCACACCCGGUAUCCUGAGAAGGAAAUGGUGAAGAGAUCCCAGGAAUUUUAUGAGCUUCUCAGUAAGAGGCGUUCUGUGAGAUUCAUAAGUAAUGAACAAGUCCCAGUGGAGGUCAUCGAGAAUGUCAUCAAAACAGCAGGAACGGCCCCAAGCGGGGCCCACACAGAGCCCUGGACCUUUGUGGUUGUGCGGGACCCGGACGUGAAGCACAAGAUCCGGGAGAUCAUCGAGGAGGAGGAGGAGAUAAACUACAUGAGAAGGAUGGGGCGCCGGUGGGUUACAGACCUGAAGAAACUGAGAACUAAUUGGAUUAAAGAGUACUUGGACACAGCUCCCGUUCUGAUUCUCAUUUUCAAACAAGUGCACGGCUUCACUGCCAGCGGCAGAAGAAAGGCCCACUACUACAGUGAGAUCAGUGUCUCCAUCGCUUGCGGCAUCCUCCUGGCUGCCCUGCAGAACGCAGGGCUGGUGACUGUGACCACCACUCCUCUCAACUGUGGCCCCCGUCUGAGGGUGCUCCUCAGCCGCCCCUCAAAUGAAAAGCUGCUGCUGCUGCUCCCUGUGGGGUACCCCAGCAAAGGGGCCACGGUGCCCGACCUCAAACGGAAACCUCUGGACGAGAUCAUGGUGACAGUGUAGGCAGGAGACCAGUAGGGAGGCGACGUCCCUGCUCUCCUCUCCUGCUCCUCUCGGGUGGCUCUCCGAGUGGCUCUUUUCUCUGGGUGCUGGGACUCCUGGACUCCACUUCCCGGGGUGGGGGCUGUGGGGAGGGCACGCCGUGUGUCAAGAAACCCUUCCACACUCUACUGCACUUGGUCUGACAUGCCUGCUUCUGGCAGACGGUGGGAUGAGAUGAAUAUACAGAGUGUGAGCAACAGACGCGUUCUCUGCCACUUCCCAUCCACCCUGGAAGUGCAGUUUUACUAAGAACACGCUCCUAUUUUUAAGUUUUUAAAGUUGUUCUAGAAAAAUCACGGUGAUGUUUUCCUUUUACUUAAAAGAUACUGAUAUGGAAAGCGCAGUCAUCAGAAAAUUUAAUGUAAUCCCAAGAAUUCAGCUGUGUGGUGAUUCUUGAACUUAAACUUAGAGUAAAUGGUAGUGGAACAAAUACAGUAAAAAAUGGAAAAAAGAAACCAGACUUAGACUAAUCAAUGACCCUCUGCCCUCAGGAUUUCUGGUGGCUUUUAGGCGAAGAAUGUGCUUUUGAGAUGCACUCUUUUCCUGAAUCUCCUGGGCAUUCUGCUGGUUUUGAAUAAUAAUUAAACGUCACACCCAUGGAACAGUGCACGCACGUGUGGGUGGGACGGACGGACAACCGACUGAACAGGACGGUUAGCUGCGCUGUCCGGCGGUGUGUUGGAGUCGGCUCACGCCAGCUGGUGGGGGCUGACCGGCAAACACUCAGGGAUUGGUGGGCCAGCUAUGCCCAGGGUGGGCGCCUUCACGUCACGGUCAUUGGGCAACACCACAAGCCAGGACUUCCUUUCCCCCUCAAAGAGCACUAACCAAGUCUCCCUUCCUUUCUCCUCCAUCCCACAGAUCAUACUGGUCCCUUGCCCUAGGUGGCAGUCUGGCUGGGCAGAGCUGAUGGGGUCACAGGCACUAGGUUGGGAAUGCGCAUCUUUCAUCCAUCACCCGUCUUCCCUUCCAGGGGACGGAUACACAUGGGCACACACAUGGCCCGGAGGGUUGUUCAUCAAGCGGCCCUGCUCCCCCUUCACCCCCAGCACUGUCCCUUUUCAUUCAUUCAUAUAUAUAUAUUUCUUUUUUCCUCAGUCCCCUCGUGAAAAUCUGUCUCACCUCUUUUCAUUCCAUUUGUGAGUAUCAUUUGUGAGUAUCACACAGUAUCAUUGUUGAGAGUCAGAGCUGGUAACAAAUCUGUGUCAGAGAAGAGGAAAAUUUUUUCUCUUUGACGUAUAAUUAGAUAUUACAAGAACCUAUGCCCUCAUCCUCCAAAGUCCUUUGAAGUACCCAGAAACCUUAGAAUCUCCAAAAUCUUCUACUCUUACUUUCAUUUUUUUCUUUCUUCUUUUAAAGAUUUUAUUUAUUUUUAGAGAGAGGGGAAGGGAAGGAGAAAGAGAGGGAGGGAAACAUCAAUGAGCCUCACGCUCAUUGGCGUGAGGCUCAAAACGUGAGGCUCAAAACGUGGUUGAGUCUCACGUGCCUCCAACUGGGGACCUGGCCUGUAACCCAGGCAUGUGUCCUGACUGGGAAUCAAACCAGCCACCCUUUGGUUGGCAGGCCUGUGUUCAAUUCACUGAGCUACACCAGCCAGUGCUCUUCAUUUUUCUUUACAUGUAUUUUCCCCCAAGUCUACACAUUAUAAUAA